AUGGAGAAACUGAAGCAGCAUGAGGUGCUUCUGACCACCAACAUCUGCUUGCUCGGCAUCCUCCUAUGGAUCAUUUGCAGCCACAUCGGUGCUCUUCUUGCUGUCCUCGCCGUCCUAGCUCUCUUGUUUCCCGAGCUUCGUCCCGGAAUACUUGUCACUCCACAGCAAGACAAAUCGAGGUCUCGAAGAGCCUGGCUGCCACAUCAGGAGGAUGGAAAGCACGCUAUCUGCAACAAGUCAAGAGCCGAAUUCGACUGCAGAGGCAGGACCUUCGGAAUCAUGGAUGCCAACGUCGAGCAUUCCGCACGUGCACGCGAGGCAAAGAGAGGCCGCAAACGUUUCGACGGGCUCUCUCCCGAAGAGACGCUAGCUUCGCCACCACGUCUUGAGCUGCUGAUCGACUUGCGUACAUACGACGAUCAAGAGAGCCUCGUUUCGGACCGCCCAGGCAGCAGCGGAUACUUUUACGACUACGUCACGAGCAGCGAGAGUGCCUGCUCCAACCUCCUUCGAGUCGCACCGUAUCCAAGACAAGCUUCAUUCCAAGGACGUCCGUCUAAGAGGGAAGAGAGAGCUAAAAUCGUCGCUUGGCUGCAGGAAGUCUCCAAGGAAAUGCCUUCAUGGUGGCUGCCUCGCACUGAUCCAGCCUUUCCCCAGCGCCACAAGACGUUGCUCAAGAGCAACCCAUCAGCUGCAACAUCAGCUGCAGUGUAUGCCGACUGA